AAUAGCAUGUCUCUCCCCAAUAACACCCAGUUUCAUCUCCUCUCCUUCUUAUUGCUGGGGAUUCCAGGAAUGGAAGCACUUCAUAUCUGGAUUGGCUUUCCCUUCUGUGCUGUGUACAUGACUGCAUUCAUUGGGAACCUCACGAUUCUGUUUGUAAUCAAGACCGAGAGCAGUUUACACCAGCCAAUGUUCUACUUCCUGGCCAUGCUGGCUACCAUCGACUUGGGUCUCUCCACUGCUACAAUCCCUAAGAUGCUGGGGAUAUUCUGGUUCAACUUCAGAGAGAUUCUCUUUGAUGCCUGCCUCACCCAGAUGUUUUUCAUCCACAGUUUUACACUAAUGGAGUCAGCUGUCCUCUUGGCAAUGGCUUAUGACCGCUAUGUGGCCAUCUGCAAUCCACUUCUAUAUAACACCAUCCUCACCAACAAAGUUGUUUAUAGGAUUGGGCUUGGUGUGUCAGUAAGGGCAUUUAUUUUUACACUUCCAUUUGUAUUUCUCAUUUUGCGAUUGCCUUUCUGUGGAAAUCAUAUCAUUCCCCAUACCUACUGUGAACACAUGGGUCUUGCUCGCCUGGCCUGUGCCAGCAUUAAGAUAAAUAUUAUUUAUGGAUUAUGUGCAAUUUGUAAUCUAGUAUUUGACAUCCUAGCCAUCACCCUUUCUUAUAUCCAGAUACUCCGUGCUGUCUUCCGUCUUCCUUCUAGGGAAGCCCGAGAGAAAUCCUUGAGCACCUGUGGUUCUCACGUCUGUGUCAUCCUUGCCUUCUAUAUGCCAGCCCUCUUCUCUUUUAUGACACACCGCUUUGGCAGAAAUGUCCCUCGUUACAUCCACAUACUUCUAGCUAACCUUUAUGUUGUAGUGCCUCCAAUGCUCAACCCUGUCGUAUAUGGAGUGAGAACCAAGCAGAUAUAUGACAGUGUGAAGAAAAUAUUAAAGAAAACAGGAAAGGAAAAAGAAUAACUAGUGGGGAGUAGAAAAACAUUUUUGUAAAAUAUACACUCUUGAUUAAGGCUCUAAAGUUCCAGGUUCAAUCCCCUACCCCACCACUAGUCAUAGAUGAGUAGUGCUCUUGUAAAAAAAAAAAAAAAAGGGAACUAAAAAGAGAAAAGAAAAAAAGCAAAGAAUAAGAAGGGCCAGGUGGUGGUAUACCUUAUUGAGUGCACAUGGUACAAUGUAUGAGAACUCAGGUUCAAACCCCAGUUCAUAUCUCCAGGCAGAAAGCCUACAAGCGGUGAAGCAGUUCAGCAGGUAUCCCUCUAUUCUCUCCCUCUCUAUCUCCCCCUUCUCUCUCAAUUUCUCUCUGUCUUUAUCCAAUAAAUAAAUAAAAUAUUUUAAAUUAAAAAGGAAAAUUGCAAUAAUAAUGACUAUCCUUAUGGAAUUUUAUGGAAUUUUUGUCAGUAAAAUGUAUACUCUUAAAAGUCAUGUUUAAAUAUGCGUCUAUUUAUUAUGUCUCUUUUGAGGUUUUUGAUGUGUACUGCAUUCCACUUGCUUUUCAGACUACUUCUCAAAAAAAAACAACAAAACAUAAAACCCCAGGAGAGAGCAGAGCAAACUCAAGAGCAUAUAAAUAGACGUUAAAAACUAAAGUUGGGAGUUGGGCCUUAGAAUAGGGUCUUAAGUGCAAGUGUCACAAAGCUCAAGGACAGGAUCAAGGAUCCUGGUUGGAGCCCCCGGCUCCCCACCUGCAUGGGGAGUCACUUCACAAGUGGUGAAGCAGGUCUGUAUGUGUCAAUC